AUGUCGCAUGUCGAGGGCCAGCAGGACGAGGACGACACGUCGUACAUCGACGGCGAAGGCAGCACAUCGCACGCUGAGAAUCAGCAGGACCAACCCAACACUCAGCCGCAACAAUCUCAAGCAGUAGCGGCACAUGUACAAGCUUUGCAGAGACGGAAAAUCGCUCAAUUGGAGGAGAAGCUGGAGGCCCUGGAGUCGGGCCGCGCAGUCAAGCAAAGGCAAACAAUCUGGUAUGUUGCUAAAGGAAGAGCAAUCAGGCGUGUUGUCGCCCUUUUUGAUAGUAUCGAGGACCUCGUCGCCGAAAACGACAGAAGAUAUGAGAUCGAAGACCAGGAGACUACCAUCGAACAAGAUCAACUUCAAAUAGGUUAUACUACCCUAGCCAAAACGCUGCCGUGGUUCUACAAGAAGGGUUCAGAGAUGGAGUACGAGGAGUACAUGCACAUGUUAAAGAUGCUUCGACAGGGGGCUGAUGGCGCUCGAGGAGAUGACACCUCGAAACUGAAGACUCUCGUUUCAGAAUGGAUCAAUCGUGAAUUUAAACCGGAUUCCCCCGUUGACCACGACGAUAAGCAUUCCCGUGGAUUCACCCAUGACGUGUGUGGCAGGUUACUCUGUCCGGCAGAGCUUGACUGGAAUAACCCAGAAGUAAGGGCAGGAAUCCGAAAUCGCUCAGAUGGGUAUAUCGUCACAGAUCUAUCAUUUCCCACUUACUUGUAUGAUAAGUACACUUCCAAUCCCGACGAUCUUGAGGAGGGCCUUUUCAAGGGCAAGAUUCUCAUUCAGGCCUACAAGGCUGUGUUCACGUCUCCUUCCUCAGCAAAAGACGUCGAAGGCGACGGCGACGGCACGGAUGUCAUCAGCAACAACCGACGGGCUAAGAAGUCGUUAUCUGGAAUCAAGGUCAAAAAACACAUAGCACAGAUCAUCCAUUUGGAGAAAGUCACUCCUCGCUCGCUCGCAUAUAUCACAUGUCAAGUGCGAUUCGCACUUUCUUCAAUUACCUCUUGGCGGUCCAUGGAUGGCGACUUCGACUACCAACAAUUUUGGCGGACCAUCGUUGACUUUUUCGAAAGGGCCCCUGGUCGAGAAGCGCAGCGCAGGGUGGAGAAACUUCUCGAAUGGUGGACUAGAAAAGUAUUUGGGAGGAAUCGCCGAGGCGAACUUAGCGACGUGAUGAAGGCCAAUAUGUCUGUCAAUGCUCUCGCAAGGCAGAGAGCACAACGCGAUGACACUGCAUUUGAUUCACCCUAG